AAUGAUCGACCGCUUGGACGGAGGAUGAGUGAUUAUCGAAAGUUGGAAGAGUUUCCGCUCGUGCAGCGCGAUGGCCCUUCCGAUGCCGCUGCCUCCCAACGCUCAGCAGAAUUUGAUGCGACCUCGCCAGCCGAUAACUUCGCUCCUGAUCAGGUGCUGGUCACUGUACCGGACAAACAGAACCAAUGGCGACAUAUCAAAAACCUGGAUGAGUUUUUCUCGAACAUUUAUGAGUACCACCAGAAGCACGGCUUCGUUGCCAUCCUGCUCUCAGACAUGUUCGAGUUGGUGCAGUUCUUCUUCAUCGUGUCGUUCGCCGCUUUCCUGUUGCAGUGUGUCGACUAUGCGGUGUUGUUUGACGGUGACCAAAUGGCGACGAGGAACAACGGGUCGGCAAGGGUGCAGACUCGGGUCACUUUGCUAGACGCGGUAGACCGGCGAUGCCUCAGGCGGCUGCACCCUGUGGCCAUCCGACACUUCUAUCGGUCAGUGCUGAACGUGGACGACGCAAUGAUUCACAACCUAACGUGGUACGAGGUGCAGAAGCGGCUGUGCGAUGUGCAGUCAGUAUGCCAGCUGUGCAUUCAGAAAUCUCGCCUGACCAGCCUGGACAUCUACCAGCGUAUCCUGCGUCGUAAGAACUACUUCGUCGCCAUGUUCAACAAGCAGCUGUUGCCGCCAAGACUGCGGGUGCCGUUGCUUGGCACAGUGGUGUUCAUGACCAAUGGUCUGAAGGCAAACCUCGAGCUGUUGUUCUUUCACGAACUGUUCUCGCCAUGGGACAACUACUGGCAGCUGAAGCGCGACUACAAGAUGCGCGAAAGGCGCGACCUCCUCGCUCGCCGGGUCAGCCGCUCCAUGCUCUACCUUGGCAUAGCCAAUUUCCUACUGGCACCUUUGAUCUUCGCCUGGCAGAUCUUGUACAGCAUCUUUUCGUACGUCGAGCUACUUAAGCGACAACCAAGUGCCCUCGGCAUCAGGCGCUGGUCGAUCUAUGGUCGCUACUACUUCCGGCACUUCAAUGAGCUCGACCACGAGCUGGACAGUCGCCUCAGUCGCGCCUACAAGCCUGCCUCCCUAUACAUGCAGAUGUUCUUUUCGAGUACGCUCGAGAUCAUCGCCAACAACGUGGCGUUCGUGUCGGGGGCCAUCUUCUCGGUGCUUCUGGUGUUGAGCGUCUAUGACGAGAGCGUGUUGCACGUCGAGCAUGUGUUGACGAUUCUGACCGUGUCCGGUUUCGUUGUUGUCUGCUGUCACAUGUUUAUCCAAGAGGAGAACGUCGUGUUUUGUCCGGAAUUGAUGAUGAAGGCGGUAGUCGCCUACACUCACUAUAUGCCGGACCGAUGGCAUGGCCGGGCGCAUACAAACGCCGUUAGGAACGAGUUCUCGCAGUUCUAUCAGUAUAAGGCGACGUUUAUUCUCGAAGAGCUGCUCAGCCCACUUCUGAACCCGUUCAUCCUCAUUUUCUGGCUGCGACCUCUGGCGGCCGACUUCGUCGACUUCUUCCGACAGUUUACCGUGGAGGUACCCAGCCUAGUCGCCUCUGAACAUCAACGUGGACCGGGAGGUGAACAUGCAGAUAACGGCAAGGUCGAAAUGUCCCUGUUGCACUUCAUGACCACCAACCCCGAGUGGAAACCUCCGAAGAGCGCUCAAUCAUUUCUGAACGCCUUCCAGGAGCGAGCGGCCAAGGAUCUGCAUUCGACGCACGGCGAAUACUCGGCCAUCAACCCGGCCAUGGCCAGCACUGACCUGACGUUCAGCCCUCUCAGUUGCCUGUACGAAAGCACGCUGUCUCCCCUACCGUUGCAUAUCAACUCGCAGAACCUGCCGCUGCUCGGUCGCGGCGUUUCGAAGAGCGUUGCUCCUCAUUAUCAACACGGCGGGGCCAGGAGCGUGUUUGACAGUAUGAUUGAUUCUCAAGUAGCAGCAGGUAGCCUUGUUACCGCUGCGCUUUCCACCAGCGGUCUGACCGGCUCCAUCGUCCAGUCAACCGGCAUCGCCGAUCUGUGCUUAGGUGCGUCUGACUUGCAGAGCAGUUUCGUUUCGCCGUUGAACGUCGACAUCUUCUACCUGAACGAACUGCGCGGUCGCAGGAAGCGAAUCAGAUCAUACGGAUCAACCGUGGAGGCGACUAUUUCGAAUGACCUCGAAACAGAAGCUAAGCGAUGGAGAGCGCCCGAUUCAUUUGAAGAAGAUUCUGCGGUUGUCGACGAUCGCUGA